AUGAAAUAUUUUUUCAUAAUUUGGUUUGCUUAUUUGACUCUCGGGAAUUCAAUAGUAGGAAAAAAAGCGUCAGAAUAGUUCUUCCCACAAAUAAUGGAUUGGCUUAAAAAAUAAGAAUAGAAGGUGGACUAAGCUUUGGCUUUCAGUGCUCUUACCAAAAUAAUUUAAUAUACAGAUGAAGAACUAUUUCAAAACACUGAAAACUCAGAGUUUAUCAAGGCAUUUUAAUAAUAAAUAUUGAAAUAUUGUAAAGAAAAAAAAGAGUUUGAAUAUGAUAGGAUAGGAAGCAUUGAGUAAUUCAUAACAGAUGAACUCAAGCAUAACUCUAAUUACUUCAAAAUUAUGAUUAAAGACAAAGAAAAAAUGAUAGAUCAAGAUGAUAAAGAAUUAGAGAAAGUCAAGAAAUCCAUCAAAGAUCAUACUAAAUUGCAAGAUAAACUAAAAGAUAUUCAGGAAUUGCUCCAAGAGAUUGAAAUUAGUUUACAAAUUGGCACUGCUGAAAAAUUAUAUAAAACUUUGGAAGUAAUUGAGUCAAAAGCAGUUAUAGGGUUGUUUAAGUAACAAUCUGAAGAAAUAUAGCUUUAUUUAACUCACGUCGAUUUGCUGUUCAAGACAAAAAAUUUUCAAUAAGACUAAUUUGAAAUACUAAAUCUGAUUUCAAUGAUAAAGAACCUUUUGCUAGACAUGAAAUUUAAUUUACAAAUAAAAAUGCAGGAGGAUAAUAUGGCUACCUUUGAAACUAUGAAAUUUUUUGAAAAUACUAAAACUACUCAUUCAAUUGCAUUAGAUUAUUUUAAGGAUGAAUCCAUUUAGUUCUUAGGUAAUUUAAUAAAAACAUGGGAAUAAUCAUUUGAAAAUUAAAAUGAGAUAUACAAAGAUAACAUAGAAUUUUGUUAGAUCAUUGAAAAAUUAUCAGAUGAGACAUAUAAGGUUGAUGAUUCUCUUAAUUCAAACCCACAAUUUAAAAAAUACUCACUAAAAAAAACAGAAGUCUAAUUCUUAAAGCAUUCGAAUUGA